UGAACCACAAUGGCUGCUGUCAUCUCAGACAGUCCUCCAAAUCCAAGCUGCAAAAUUAUGACUUUCAGGCCCUCAAUGGAGGAAUUCAGGGAGUUCAACAGAUACUUGGCAUACAUGGAGUCACAAGGUGCUCAUAGGGCUGGAGUUGCAAAGGUUAUCCCGCCGAAGGAGUGGAAACCAAGAAAGCAUUAUAAUGAUAUUGAAGAUCUGGUGAUUCCUGCCCCAAUUCAGCAGAUGGUCACCGGUCAGUCGGGGCUCUUCACCCAGUACAACAUUCAGAAAAAGGCAAUGACGGUGAAGGAGUUCAGGCAGCUGGCCAACAGUGACAAGUACUGCACCCCAAGAUACAUAGAUUAUGAAGAUCUGGAGCGUAAAUACUGGAAGAACUUGACUUUUGUGGCACCAAUUUAUGGUGCAGAUAUCAAUGGAAGCAUUUAUGAUGAGGAUGUUGAGGAAUGGAAUAUUGCUCGUCUUAACACAAUACUGGAUGUUGUAGGAGAAGAGUGUGGAAUUUCUAUUGAGGGUGUAAAUACCCCAUAUCUCUAUUUUGGAAUGUGGAAAACAACAUUUGCAUGGCACACUGAAGACAUGGAUCUCUACAGUAUUAAUUAUCUUCAUUUUGGGGAGCCAAAGUCAUGGUACGCUAUUCCUCCGGAGCAUGGGAGACGUCUUGAACGACUAGCUCAAGGCUUCUUCCCAAGCAGCUCUCAAGGAUGUGAUGCUUUUCUUCGCCACAAGAUGACCUUGAUUUCUCCCUCAAUAUUGAAAAAGUAUGGAAUUCCUUUUGACAAGGUUACACAAGAGGCAGGGGAAUUUAUGAUCACUUUCCCAUAUGGAUACCAUGCAGGAUUUAACCAUGGUUUUAACUGUGCAGAGUCAACAAACUUUGCCACAUUCCGAUGGAUUGAUUAUGGAAAAGCAGCAAAACUGUGCACCUGCAGGAGAGACAUGGUGACAAUAUCCAUGGACAUCUUUGUGAGGAAGUUUCAACCAGACAGAUACCAACUGUGGAAGCAAGGAAAGGAUUUAUAUACCAUUGAUCAUACAAAACCAACUCCUGAAUCAACACCUGAAGUAAAGGCCUGGCUGCAGCGAAAAAAGAAAAUAAAGGAUGAGCCCAAAUGCUUCCAGCACACCAGAUCUCGAUCUAAAAAGCUUAAAACUACAGAGGAUGAGAGAAUAUCUGCUAUGGUAGCUGGUGCAGAAAUCACAGCGACAGAAGCAGCCACUGAUGACUUCAAGGUCAAUGGAAAACUGGGAGAAAAAGUGAGACUGGUAAAUACAGGGGAGCCUUCUGGGGAAGAAGAAAACAGUAAUGGAAUGCAGCUGGAUCAACAAUCGUUGGAUAAUGCUGAGGUCCCAGGAAGUGUCUGUGCAGAAUCAUUCUCCAGCCCUGUUCCACUAGCAGAGGAAAAAAAUACCGAAGAUGAGGACAAGACAGAUUCCAGUCAUCAUCCACCUAAGUUUGAAGAUUGUGUGCUGACCCAGCCCGCUCCUCAUACAUGUGGAAAGGAAGAGUGUUUGAAAUCUCAGAAUCAGUCAAUGUCAGCCAUACCAUACCCUAAGUCACCAGGACAUGUUUCUGAAGCAGAAAACCCAGAGAAAGUGGAAAGCAUCUCUACAGAGGAUGAUGUCAGUGACUUAGAGAGCACUCAGAGUAGCUUGGAAAACAGAGAAACACCUGUUAUAGAAAAGGAUGAAGAUGAUGGCACGGAAACAUACAGUUCAGCAGAAAUUGAAAGAAAGCAAGCAUCUAAGAGUUGGCGUCAUCCACUAAGUAAACCCCCAGCCAGAUCUCCAAUGACUUUGGUUAAACAGCAAGCAACUAGUGAUGAAGGUACUGUUGUCCAAAAUCUCUCGGGAGCGGAGCGUUGGGUGCUCAGCGCGGUGCAGGAAGCGGCCGGCGCCAGCUCUGUGGCCGCGGGACUGCGCUGCCAGGGAUGUGUCUGGGGCUCCCGUUCGACACUGCCAAGUGGCACAGGAGCCUUUUGA